AUGAAUGGCAGAAAAUUAUUUGGUUGUUCAGAAUUAGCAGCAAUGAAUACUAAAUUAAGUGUGCGUCGAGUUGUCGGAAACCUAUGUGCUAAUCCCCAACAAACUGUUGAAAAAAUCGUAAAUGGCGAGUAUGAAAAUUCAGAAGAACCGAUUGAACAGCUUGUUUCUGCUCGCCUUAAACAGAUUUAUCAACAACUUCUUACUACUGUCCUUUCACCCUCAGAUGAGCCUCCUUUUUCUGAAUCUGCAUUGAAAUUUUUGAAUGGAUUCGGUAACCGGUCGGAAAAAUAUAUUAUUUCUUCCUUCUCAAAACAGCAUGAAUCAAAGAAGGAAUCCAGAUCAUUGACUUCUGCUGCAGGAUUUCUUCAUUCACCCAGUGUUAACACCAUCUCUUGUUCGGAGGGCAUUUCGAUUAACAGUUUACCAGAAAUCACUGAUGAUGAAGGACGUCAAAACUCUGUAAAAGUUGGAAAAAAAUAUAGCUCCCCCUCGAGGACCAGUUUUUCAAGCACUACAUCAAAAUACUCAUUAAAAUCCACAUCGACAAAUAGUUCAAUGUCAUCCCAUUCAGCGAAUGAAAGUAAAUCGAAUGGGAAACUUCGCAAAAUCUCAUAUAGAAGAAAGUCCAACAUGAAUGUCUCAAACUAUUUAAUUGAUAAAUCAACACAGCAUCAAGAAAAAGUUGAUGACCAUGAAGUUAUGGUAGAAAUUGGUAAAGCUGUCAGUAGUAUGCUUCUAGUAGAAGGAUUUAUAGAGUCAGUUCCGCCGCUUGACACAAUUACAAAUGCAAAGAAACCUAUGAGUUCAUGCUUAUCGCAGCAAUCAGAUGAGGAUAAAGAAACAGUAAAAUUGUCUCCAUCAAAAAUUCUAAAAGUAGAUGCAGCUGUUUCAACGGAUAUUGUGGUUGAUGUAAAUCGAACAAGUGAAAAAGUUAAUGUUGGUGUAAAUACCUCAGAAAUAACUAAUAAGAUGACAGAUGGUAGUUCGAGUUCAAAUACACUUUCUGAUAACAGCGUGGGACAGUUGCCAAAACGGUUGUUUGAUACUGUUUUGCAAAGAUCUUCACUAAGAAUAGUUUCGAUGCUUCCUGAUGGUAGUAUUGUUCCGACAAGCAGUAAUUCAGUGUUUCGACGUAAGCCUAGUGUUCAGGAAUGGAUUGUGGAAGAUAAUGAAGAUAAUGUGCAGGAAUCAUCCACCUCUGAGCGAAAAUUAGAAAGUGGGACAAUUUCGACGUCUCAACCUGAUCUUUUUGAAGAAGACUUGAAUACUUUGGAUAAUAUUUCACCUCUUCCAAAAUUUACAUCAAAGACCUGA